AUGUCCGUGAGUUUUACUCCAAAGUUGUGGAGAUUUUCGACUUUUUCUCCAAAGGUAAACAUGCAAAGAGCCGCACGCGCGCUCUUCUCUUCUUCCGCUACAUCAACGACCAGAGCAUCAGAGAGCAGCACUCGUCGCCGUCUUAAACGUCACACAAACAACGGGAGUACUAAGGUUGGCGUGUUAGCUACCACGGCGUCGAUUGCGUUUGGGUGUUGUUACCGAUUCGUUUCCAUGGCGAGUUCUUCGUCAUCGCAAUCGUUUACCGAAUACAACUCCCCACCUCCGUUCGUGGUGGAAACAACAACCGGAAACUGCGAUAAAUCGAUCAUUUUUUUACACGGGUUAGGGGAUACCGGACGCGGGUGGUCGGAUAUACCGAACCAAAGCGCGUUAGGGGAGAUUAAAAAUUGCCGUUGGAUAUUCCCCAACGCACCGGUUAUUCCGAUUACGUUAAACGGCGGAAUGUCCAUGCCCGGGUGGUUCGAUAUGAACGCGUUAGAGAGGGAAAGUUUGAUCGACGAUAAAGGGAUGAUUGAGAAAGCGAGUCGAUACGUGGAUUCUUUAGUGGAAGAGGAGAUUAAGAAAGGCGUUUUGGCGAAGAACAUCGUCGUCGGCGGGUUCUCGCAAGGCGGAGCGAUAGCGUUGACGCACGCGAUGACGAGCGCGCACGAUAUCGGCGGGUACGUCGGUUUGAGCACGUAUCUACCGAUGGCGGAUUCGUACUCGAAAGAGAAGUCCGGGGUGAAAGUAUUUCAGGCGCACGGCACGGCGGAUGCAGUUUUACGGUUUGAUUACGGAACGAGCUCGAGCGAGAAGUUGAAAUCUUUAGGGAUGGAUGUUCAGUUUAAGAGUUACGGAGGCAUGGCGCAUUCGGCGUGCGCGGAGGAGUUGGACGAUUUGAAAGACUUCUUGAACGGGAAGGUGUUCAGUUAA